AUGGAAAAAACUAUUCUUAUAACUGGCGGAGCUGGUUUUAUCGGUUCACAUGUAGUUAGAUUAUUUAUCAAUAAAUAUACAAAUUAUCACAUAGUAAACUUUGAUGCAUUGGCUUAUGCUGAAAAUCUUGAAAAUUUGAGAGAUAUAGAACAUAAAGAAAACUAUACUUUUAUCAAAGGUAAUAUGAACCAGAGUGAUUCUGUUGAAGAUGUAUUUAAUCAAUUUAAAGUCGAUGGGGUUAUCAAUUUAGCUGCUGAACCUCAUGUUGAUCGAUCUAUUAGCAAUCCAGAUUGUUUUAUUCAAACGAAUAUUGCUGGUACUGCUAAUUUACUAAAUAUUGCUCAAAAAUCGUGGAAAGAUAAUUUUUAA